AAGAGUUAUUUUUUAACAAAAAAAAAAUAAAUAAAAUUUCCUUCUCUUUUGCCAAUGGAGGAUUUGGUGGUUGAAAACCUUUUCAAUGGCAAUAGAGAAUUGCAGAUUCAAGCUGCAACUCAACUCAGUAAACUCGGUAGCAAACAAAGGCAUAAAUUGGCUGAAACUGGGAUCAUUUCACCAUUGAUUUCAAUGCUUCAAUCUCAAGAUUUUGAAGCCAUUGAAGCUUCUUUGUUAGCUCUUCUUGGCCUUGCAUUUGGAAGUGAAAGAAACAAAAUCAGGAUUGUAAAAUCUGGGAUUAUACCAGUUUUGUUAGAGCUUCUUCAAUGUCAAAAUGAAGAACUCAUUGAACUUUCAAUGGCAGCAAUGUUGAUCUUAUCUUCAUGUAAGGCAAACAAGUUGAUAAUUGCUUCAUCAGGGACUAUUCAACUCCUUGUACAAAUCUUAAACCUGGUAAAUUCAGAUCCCAACAAUGUCAUUAACACUCUUUUUACCAAUCAAGCAAAGAUAGACGCCAUUGCUACACUUCAAAAUCUCUCGACUUGUCAUCAAAUAAUCCCAUUGAUUUCAUCUUCUGGUAUAAUCUAUACCUUGCUUCAACUCAUUCAUACUUCAGAAAAAUCAUCAGACUUAACAGAAAAGGCAAUGUCAUUACUUGGAAACAUCGUUUCAUGGUCGGAAAAUUCGAUUUCUGACACAACCGAGAUCCCCGGUGCAAUCAGGAUUAUAGUUGAAGCAAUGGAAGAAGGUUCCCCACAAUGUAAAGAACAUGCUGUUGGAAUCCUUCUUCAUAUAUGUCAAAGUUGUAGAGAUAAAUAUAGAGGUUUGAUAUUAAUGGAAGGUGUAAUGCCUGGUUUGCUUCAACUUAGUGUUGAUGGAACUUGGGGAGCUAAGAACAUGGCUAGAGAUCUGUUGUUUCUUUUGAGGGAUUGUUCGGAUUAUGCUUCGACAAGUAAACAAUCGAAACACGAACUCAUGGAACAGAUUAUGCAAGCCAUUGAUGCAGAUGGAGAGAAAGUUAAUGGAACUACAUUGGCAUUGGUUCAAGAAAUGAUUAACAAGCUUAAUAUAUAAUCUUUAGGAUCAUAGAAUUAUAGGGUAAUUCACUUAGGGCAACAAAUGUAAUCCCUGUAAAUAAUAUUGGUAUUGGCCAUUGAAUGCUAGUUCCUUUGCAAAACAGAGGACCCCUGUAAGUUGCAUUCAUAUUGCUCUGAAUUUUAUAUUCGUUCUACAAUUCAUAUUAGAAAUUAAAUUAACGUA